CACGAGGUGUUCAUGAUCGGCAGGGCACAAACCCUAAUCGCGCUCUGCAGUACUGUCCCCGGUUACUGGUUCACGGUCGCAUUCAUCGAUAUAAUUGGAAGGUUCUGGAUCCAACUGAUGGGAUUCUUCUUCAUGACGGUCUUCAUGUUCGCCAUAGCCUUCCCAUACAACCACUGGAUCAAGCCGGACAACCGCAUCGGAUUCGUGGUGAUGUACUCUCUCACUUUCUUCUUCGCCAACUUUGGACCGAAUGCCACGACGUUCAUCGUCCCGGCAGAGAUCUUCCCGGCCAGGCUGAGGUCGACGUGCCACGGAAUCUCUGCCGCGACAGGGAAAGCGGGUGCGAUCGUGGGGGCGUUCGGAUUCUUAUACGCAGCGCAGCCAAAGGACAAGACGAAGGUGGACGCAGGAU